AUGGCCCCUUCGCAGAGAGUCCUCCGAUCCAGCAAGACAAAGCCGGUUUUGGAGGUUCUUGCCCAGCCCAGCGUCAAGCGGGUCCGGCGAACACGACCGAAGCAACCUGCAGAGGGCAGCAACGCACCAGUGAAGUCGCUGCCACUCGAACUGAUAACGCACAUUCUUGAGAACGUCGACUCUCCGCGCACGCUCGCUGAUGCAAGUCGUGUAUGCCGCACCCUCCAACUCGAAGCCGAACGUCUCUUGUAUCGCAAAGUAUACGUGGGGCGGGUUAAACACGUUCGCAGUCUGCACCAGGCUCUCACGAGGUCCUCAAGACGGGCGUCCUUCGUCAACGAAUUCGAGGCUCAUGACAAUGGGCGCAUGACUCCCGUGACUCCGCUGGUGAUGGAAAUACUCCUCAUGCUCACAGGGCUUGAACAUCUGAAGCUCAACCUUUGUGCCAAUUACGAUGAGCCCGCAGCUUAUGACUCCGUUGUGCUGCUUGCGCAGUGCACAUUCAAACUCAAGUCGUUCGAUGGCUGGGUCACCUCUCCUAGCGACUUUGUUCACUUCCUCCAACAGCAGACCUGUCUAGAGUCACUGCACAUACAGGAUCAUUCCUGGCUUCCUAACUGGAGCAUACCACACGAUGCCGUCCCACGCCUCAAAUAUGUCCAGACACACUCCUUUCUCUUCGCGGACGCCAUCUAUGCCCCCCACGCAAUCACACACCUUCAUCUUUCCUUCAACGAUAGGAAUAACCGAGAUCUCAACGAGAUUCUUCGAGUUGUGCGGCACCAGUUGAUCAGCUUCAAGUGCGAACGAACGUCUUCAUCGGUCCGAACUCCCGUUUGGUCCUUGAUAUCGGACACGAUCAAUUGCGGGCUCAUGCCAAAUUUGAGAUAUCUCGAGGUAGAAGACGUUAGUGAUGCCAGUUUCCUGCCGUACUCAGACGACGGUCUCGUGCAGAUGGGCGGGGCCAACAUUACGUUGGACACGGUUGUUUGGUCUGCGAUGUAUGAUCAGGUCAAGUAUAUCUUCCUCAACGACAACCACAAAGCCGCCACCAGCGCCAGGCGGCUUGCCUGUAUCCGUCCCUGGGCGAAAAAGAUCCUGGAGAGUUUCAGCUCCUUGCGCCGUUUCUUCUAUGUCGAGCCAAGCGAGAGGUUUAGCGGCAUAUGGAGGACCCGCGUAUGGUUGUUCACUUUAUCGUCUGAUGACAGGCUUGUGGAGGAAAAGAAAGAGGCGAAGGACUUACCUGUUUGGUCUGAUAUUUAG